CACCAUUCAAGUUUUCGACUCCGUUCGUUGGAGCACCUUGAACACGUCCGUGGUCGACAAGUUUGCGCUCCCAUGCCGACCACACAUAGCGGCAUCAACUCGACCUCAAAUUGGUGACGAGUUGCCAUUAACUCCGUCCUCUUCGUGCCACAAGAUGCUUCGGGGCACGGCCAAACGGGCCGCAAAAGCCGUGACCGACCUCUCCCAGUAUCCCAAGAUCGGCGAGAAGCUUCAUGGCUUCACUCUUUUGCGUACGAAGCAUGUUCCGGAGCUCGAGUUGACCGCCCUACACCUGCGCCAUGACAAGACCGGCGCCGAACACCUACACAUUGCGCGCGACGACAGCAACAAUGUCUUUUCGAUCGGCUUCAAAACGAACCCCCCGGAUGAUACGGGGGUGCCACACAUCCUUGAACACACCACGUUGUGUGGUAGUGAGAAGUACCCGAUUCGGGAUCCGUUCUUCAAGAUGCUGCCACGCACGCUGUCCAAUUUCAUGAACGCGUUCACCGCCUCCGACCACACUUUUUACCCUUUCGCCACGACCAAUGCCCAGGACUUCAAAAACCUCAUGUCCGUGUAUCUCGACGCGACCCUAAGGCCGUUGUUGAAGGAGUCCGAUUUCACCCAAGAAGGGUGGCGCAUCGGUCCCGAGAAUCCUCAGGCGAUUACGGCUGGAGUUGAAGUCACACCAGAAGACCGGAAGCUCGUCUUUAAGGGCGUCGUGUACAACGAGAUGAAGGGUCAAAUGUCGGACGCCGGCUAUCUGUUCUAUAUCCGGUUCCAAGACCACAUUUUCCCGGACAUCAACAACUCGGGCGGCGAUCCUCAGAAAAUCACCGACUUGACGUACGAACAGCUCAAGAAAUUCCAUGCCGAGCACUACCACCCAAGCAACGCCAAGGUCUUCACCUAUGGCGAUAUGCCGCUGGCUGACCAUCUGAAGGAGAUUGAUGCCCAGCUUGGCGCUUUCGAGAGGAUUCGCGGCGACAUGACCAUCCAUCGUCCCAUCGAUCUCAGCAGCGGCCCACGGGAAGUGCGGCUGCAAGGUCCUGUCGACCCUCUGGUCGACUUGAACAAGCAGUUCAAGACAUCCGUGUCAUGGAUUCUUGGAGACACCUCGAACGUCGUCGAGUCGUUCUCUCUGGCAUUAAUCUCUGCCCUGCUGACGGAUGGCUACGGUUCGCCAUUGUAUAAGGGACUCAUCGAGACUGGCCUUGGCACUGACUGGAGUCCCAACACGGGCUACGACAGCUCGGCCAAGGUCGGAAUCUUCUCAGUUGGGUUGACGGGCGUGGCAGAGGCAGAUGUUCCCAAGCUGAAGCCUACCGUGCAGAAUAUUCUCCGCGGCGUUCGGGAUAAGGGCUUCGAUCGAUCCAAGAUUGACGGUUACCUGCAUCAACUCGAGCUGAGCCUCAAGCACAAAACGGCCAACUUUGGCAUGUCCCUUCUGCACCGGCUCAAGCCGAAAUGGUUUGCCGGCGUGGAUCCGUUUGACUCGCUUGCUUGGAAUGACACGCUCGCUGCCUUUGAGGCCGAGUACGCCAAGGGAGGAUACCUCGAAGGCUUGAUGGAGAAGUACUUGAUGAACGACAACACCCUGACAUUCACCAUGGCUCCAUCCGCCGAGUACGUGCAGGAGCUUGCCCAGGAGGAGGAGGCUCGCCUCAAGACCAAAAUUUCCAAGGCCGUUGAGGCUGCAGGAAGCGAGGAGCAAGCUCGGGCUGCGCUCGAACAGCGUGAGUUGGCUUUAUUGGCCGAGCAGAGCAAGUCCAACACCGAGGACCUAAGCUGCCUGCCCAGCGUUCAUGUUCGGGAUAUCCCGCGCCGGAAGGAGCCAUUGGUGCUGCAGAGCGAGACCGUGGGUGAGGUCGAGCUCCAAUUGCGCCAGGCGCCUACUAAUGGUUUGACCUACUUCCGGGCGAUCAGCACGCUGGAAAACCUGCCCGAUGAACUCCGAUCUCUUAUCCCCCUCUUUACCGACUCAAUAAUGCGCCUAGGUACUAAGGAUAUGACGAUGGAACAGCUUGAGGACCUCAUCAAGCUGAAAACUGGCGGAAUUUCUGUCGGCUACCACUCGGCAUCAAGGCCUACAGAUUUCACUCAAGCAAAAGAGGGGCUUAGCUUUUCCGGAAUGGCCCUUGAUCGCCACGUGCCAGUCAUGUUCGAUCUCCUGCGCAAGCUGGUUGUGGAGACGAAUUUCGAUAGCCCGGAGGCCGCCCAGCAAAUCCGUCAGCUUCUCCAAGCGACUGCCGAUGGUGUCGUCAACGAUAUCGCGUCAUCCGGCCAUGCUUAUGCUCGGAGGGCUGCGGAAGCCGGUUUGACAUGGGACGCUUUCGUCAGGGAGCAAGUCAGCGGCUUGUCCCAGGUGAAGUUGGUCACCAACCUCGCCAGUCGACCAGAGUCAGAUCUCCUGGAAGAUGUCAUUGGGAAGCUGAAGUUGAUUCAGCAGUUCGCCUUUGCGGGCUCCAUGAGAGUUGCGAUUACUUGCGAUGCCGCUAGCGUUGCCGACAACACCGCUGCCCUCUCAAGAUUUCUGGACUCGCUCCCGUCCCAUACCGCCAACUUCCCAACGCGCCAGGGCCGGGACUUUUCACGGAACAUCAAGUCAUUCUACCCCCUGCCGUACCAGGUAUACUAUGGUGCAUUGGCAUUGCCAACCGUGUCCUACACGUCGCCCGACAAUGCCCCUCUUCAGAUUCUAUCCUCGCUCUUGACCCACAAACACCUGCACCACGAGAUCCGCGAAAAGGGCGGCGCCUACGGCGGUGGCGCAUACUCUCGCGCUAUUGAUGGCAUUUUUGGGUUCUACUCUUAUCGUGACCCGAACCCGGUAAACACCAUCAAGAUCAUGCGGAACGCCGGUCAGUGGGCUGUCGACAAGAAGUGGUCUGACCGCGACCUCGAAGACGCCAAAAUCUCGGUAUUCCAGGGGGUUGAUGCGCCUCGGGCGGUCAAUGAAGAAGGCAUGAGCAAUUUCGUUUACGGCAUCACCGAGGAGAUGAAGCAGACACGCCGCGAACAGCUUCUGGAUGUUACCAAGGACCAGGUUCGGGAAGUUGCGCAGAAGUACAUCGUCGAUGCGUUGGCCCAAGGGUCCGAACGGCUGGUCUUCCUAGGCGAGAAGCGCGAUUUUGUCGACAAGUCCUGGACGAUCAACGAGAUGAACAUCAACGGGUCCGCUUAAACGAAGCCGACUCCCGAUCGACGACUAUCUAGCCGCUAGUCGCCAUGUAUUCUAUCAUAUGUACAACACAUGUCGAUGAUACCCUUCUCUAAUCGUCAGGCCCGGCCGCAGGGCGGGAUCCUGCAGCACUACCACCAAAUCAGGACCCUAUGUCUCCGUAGUGACCCAAAUGGGCAUCACACUGCGUGCCCUCCCACUUUUCCCAUCGCCUUCCUACUUUCCCUUCCCUCCC